CUCUCGUAUGGAGUUGGCUGCGCUUCUCUCCUCUAUCUCCCUCUUUUCAAUUUAUUUACUUUCAUAUCGUAAAUUCUCGAGCUAGGUAUGCUCGUAGUUCCCUUUCUUUUACCAGAAACUCGGCUCCAAAUUCUUGCAUUACAUCUAAACUGAAAAAAGGUUGUUUUUGGCUGGUUAAUCCAGGAAGGACAUGGCGAUUCUCCAUUCAUGCUGUUGUCGGUGAUAAAACGGCUGUGCAAAAUGAGUUCAGUAUGGAGGAAAUACGGUUGUCAAAUUCUUUGGACUGCAUGCCUGGUCAUGAUGAAUCCAGGAGUGAUGGCGAGAGGAGAGAUGAAGAAGAUGGUAAUAGAGGCCUGGAUGAUCAGAAAAUGAUCAAGGUGUGUGACAAGCUAAUUGAGGUUUUCAUGGUUGACAAACCUACUCCAACUGACUGGAGAAGGUUGCUAGCUUUUAGCAAAGAAUGGAACAACAUCAGACCCCAUUUCUCCAAUCGAUGCCAGGAUCGAGCAGAUGCUGAAAGUGAUCCAGGGAUGAAGCAUAAGCUACUGCGGCUUGGAAGGAAGCUGAAAGAGAUUGAUAACGAUGUUCAAAGGCAUAAUGAACUUCUUCAAGUGAUUAAAGAGGCCCCUUCACAAAUUAACGAAGUUGUUACCAAGCGCCGAAAAGAUUUCACGAAAGAAUUUUUUAUGCAUCUUCAUACUGUAGCAGAGUCCUACCUUGACAACCCAGCUGAACAGAAUGAUUAAUCGAAUUGACUAACGUAUUCUAGUGCUUCAAUUUCCUUUCAUUCACCGAAAUUAUGUAACAAAACUGAGACAACCAGAAGAUCAGCAAGGAUCCCAGUCAAGAAUCCCAAAUAUCUCUGAUUCCGGUAGCAUGGAAGCAAGCAAAACCCCAACAAGAUCUGGUCAAACUGUUCGGCACCAACUUCCCCGUUUUUUUUCCAGCAUUUAUCUUAUCCUUUUGUGAGAUUU